AUGUUUCUCAGCUUCAACCCAAUGCUCGCCAUUGGCACCGACCGCGAUGAGAAUAUCUGCCUGGCUGCCGGUAACAGAAACAACGCCUUAUCCUUCACGGAGCUCAACAAUGGAUAUUCGAUUCUGAAAUCAACCAACGGGGAUGGUGGAGUUAGUGACCCUUUCAUUAUGGGUUCUUACGCAGGGGACAAGUUCUACAUCCUAGCUACGGAUCUCUGCAUUGCCUGCGGCACAUCUCCAGGCGAGGCCCAGAGUAUUAGUAGUCGGUUACUCAAGAUCUGGGAGUCGGAGGACCUCAUCACAUUUAGUGCUCAACGCCAUGUCGUAGUAUCACCGGAUAAUUAUGGCGAUACUGGGGCACCUGAGGCGUACUAUGACGAGGAGCUACAGACCUCCGUCGUGUACUGGGCGUUGGGUAUCUACAACAACACGGCCAAUCCUAAGCACGAUCCGCUCGAGUACCAGAGAAUGGUCUACGCUACCACGCAAGAUUUUCAAACUUCCAGUGAGCCAAAGAUCUGGCAAGGCGAACCUCCCAGAGGCCGGAUCGACUCCACAGUGAUCGAAGAGUAUGACACCUACUAUCGCUUCACCAAGGCCACUGUAGAUGGCUCCGCAGAUGUUGUCCAGGGGAAGAGCUCCAACCUAACCGCCGGACUGGCAGAUUGGGACAGGGUAGCCAGUUGCAUUGGCACAAACGCGGGGACCAAGGAGGUGGAGGGCCCUUCCAUCUUCAAGGCGAACUGUUAA